AGCACCGUGGCUGAAAACUUUGGGAAAAUGGAAAAAGUAUCUGGCGUAAAGACUUCAUCCGCGCAUCCGCCUGAGAGAUAAGAAACAAAAACUAUGGAACUGCAUAUUUUUCACCCUGAAGUGGUUUAACUGACAAUGGUGUCGAAGGAGGGAAAAACGGAGAAUUUCUCGCUAUUCCAUUGAAAGUAAAUUUACCCAUGGAGAAAGGAGCCAGUCGGGAGUCAUGAGCACAGGUGUAAAGAAGCCUCCAUUAGCUCCCAAACCUAAACUCCCUGCUACCACCAAACCCUCUCCCCCACCCAUCGCCCCCAAACCUGGUCUUCUCUCCCAGUCUUCAUCUAUCUCCCAACCUUCCCCUUCAACACUCAAAAGGACCAAGCCGGCUGUCGCCCCCAAACCAUGCAUUCCCAAAUCCUCUCCCUCAUCCCCUCCUGUUUCACCCCCACCACCUAAACCAAGUGAACCCUUAAUCCUAUCUCAGGAACAACAGGAAUCUUUGGGAGAUAGCCUCUUGCUUCUCAACUCUAAAAAUGGGAUUUUAUCAGAGGAAAACAAACGUGAGUCGGAUUACAUAAUUCCCACCUGCCCUUGUGGGCAUGAAGACGGUUCACAGUGCCGGGGUUUAGAAAAUGGAACUACAACCGAAACUGGGAGUGAUUUGCACAAAGAGGUGUUGCAGAAUGGGAUUUCAACAGACAGAUUUCCUGGGACAAAGACGCAAGAGAAAGCUGAUAACACGGUUGUAGAAGAGAAGGCUGAAGGUGGAGACAAGAGCAAAAAGCCAAGGGAUAAACCUCAAAGACAGAGACACCUGGACAGGAUUUUGGUAAACAAAGAGGCACAGAGGACUGAGGAGCACAAUGAGGAGGCUACAGAGACUGUUAAAUCACAGGAAAGUGCUUCUGUUGAGCCUGAUGUUUCAACAGCAGAGGUACAGAAUGAGACGCAAAACACACAUUUAACGAACUGUAAUUCAGCCUGUGAUGUUGCAGGCAGCAUCAUCUUCAAUUCAACUGUCCCUCCUCAUGAAUCAUCUGAUGAGUCCUUUCAAACAGAGCACAGGGAGCCUCCUACCAGGUUACACCAUGAUAUGCACGUCCCUGCUGCCCCCAGUAAGCCUCUCCCGGUCCCACAUCCACGAAAACUUAAAAAGCCUGCCCUGGUGAGGCAGGAUGGCGUGGAAAGCAGCACCCAGGAUCAUGUGGCAGAGGAGCAUAAACAUGUAGAUGAAGUGCGGGAGGUUGAAGGGAGUCUAGCUGGUCUGUGUAUCAGUUCAGUGGAGCUAAAACGACACUCAUGUGGGGAACUUUUACACCGAAAAGACUCAAAUAAAGGAGAUGAUGAAAUUGAUGCCCCAGUUCCCCCUCCUCGUCAGACCUCCCUCUCUCCACGCCUCCACAGAACUAUCAACAUUCCCUUGUCCUCUCUUAACAAAAACACCUCCCACUCCUUAGACCUGCUCUCACAUCCUGACCCAGCGGGCCACAUGAAAGAGGGCAAGGAGCAGCGUGUGGAGGAGGAAGAGGAGGAUGGCUACGGCGACUUUGAGCGCUAUCCGAUCACACACAGCCUCCCCAAGCAGAUCAAACUUGCCUGUCACCCUCCGCUAACUAAUGAGAGGAAAGCCUUCUCUGCUGAAGACCAGCCAUCACCUAGAGCCCCACCAAGAAAACCUCAGAGACACAGCCUCCCAGCCCCACCUCCGCCUUCCUUCUGCCCUCCUGCACCUCCACAUGCCCACACCCCAAUGAGAGAGCUUCCCGCACCGCCUCAGGAGAGGACAUCAUGGCGCUUCACCCGACCCUGUGUCACCUUCUUCAGCCGGCAGAUGCCCACCAGGAGCAGUGUGCCGCCAAAAAGCCGAGCCCCAAUGUUGGGGGGAAAGCAGAGGGCGCAGUCCUUCUCUGCAGCAGACUUGGCAACAAGAGCAGACUCUCACAAGAGGAGCCUUUCUUUCCGGAAGCUGCUGGAGCUCCGGCUGUCCGUCAAGAUGCUGCCAAAGCUGCUGGCCAAGGGAGGACAGUCUCUGGACUGUACAAGCACGGAGUCGAACCGGGGAGAGAGGAGCCUGGAGCGGCCUAGGAGCUGCAUAGGGGAGGCUGAUAUCUGUGGAGAAGGUGGAGAUGGGUCAGUGGAGUAUGAGAAUGUUCCUCUGUAUGAGGAGAUCCCGGAGUACAUGAACCUGCCAUUUCACAGUGGGAGGCUCGGCUGGGCAGACUCUGAUGAUUCAGACAUCUAUGAAGUGCAGGAUCCUUAUCACAGAUGCCAGGACCAUGAGUACGAAAGCGGCUGGCUGAGGCAGGACAUCCACUCAGAGGAGGAGGGAAUCCACAGUUCAGACGAAGAAGACAACAGCUCCACGUCGAGUAAAGAGCACUUGGAUGAGGCAGACAAACAGCAGGAGGACGAAAUGAAGAGGAAGAAAGUGGUGCACAUCGCGCAGGAGAUUAUGAGCUCGGAGAAAGUGUUUGUGGACGUCCUCAAGCUUCUUCACAUAGACUUCAGGGAUGCUGUUGCCAAGGCGACACGUCAGAACGGGAAGCCGGUGGUUGAUGAGCGGAUCCUCAGUCAGAUCCUGUAUUACCUGCCACAGCUCUACCAGCUGAACAGAGACCUGCUGAGGGAGCUGGAGGAGAGGGUGGCACACUGGAGUGAUCAUCAGAGACUGUCGGACAUCUUUGUCCAGAAAGGUCCUUACCUGAAGAUGUACUCCACCUACAUCCGCCAGUUUGACAACAACGUGGCUCUGCUGGACGAGCAGUGCAGGAAAAACACAGCGUUUGCUGCUGUGGUCAAAGAGUUUGAGAUGAGUCCAAGAUGUGCCAGCCUGGCUCUGAAACACUACCUGCUGAAACCAGUCCAGAGGAUCCCUCAGUACCAGCUGCUGCUCACAGAUUAUCUGAAAAACCUUCCAGAGGACUCUGAGGAUUAUAAAGACACACAAGCUGCCCUCAGCAUCGUGAAAGAAGUGGCCAACCAUGCUAACGAUAUCAUGAAGCAAGGGGAUAACUUUCAGAAGCUGAUGCAGAUUCAGUACAGCCUCAACGGACACCAUGAGAUCGUUCAACCAGGCAGGGUGUUUCUGAAGGAGGGCACCUUGAUGAAGCUGUCUAGGAAAGUCAUGCAGCCACGGAUGUUCUUCCUGUUCAAUGAUGCAUUAAUGUACACCACUCCCGUCCAGUCAGCCCAGUAUAAACUCAACAGUGUGCUCUCCUUGGCUGGGAUGAAGGUGAGUAAGCCGAGUCAGGAGGCGUAUCAGAAUGAGCUGAACAUCGAAAGUGUUGAACGCUCCUUCAUCCUGUCUGCUAGCUCUGCCACAGAGAGAGACGAGUGGCUGGAGGCCAUUGCCAAAGCCAUCGACGACUACACGAAAAAGAAGAUCACGUUUAUAUCAAGUCGAAGUCAGGAGGAGGCGGAGGGGGUUAUCGAUAGUGGUGCCCCAUUAGGUUCCAAAGCUCCCAUUUGGAUCCCAGAUCUAAGAGCAACCAUGUGCAUGAUCUGUACGUGCGAGUUCACGCUCACCUGGAGGAGGCAUCACUGCCGCGCCUGUGGAAAGGUGGUCUGUCAGGCCUGCUCCGCUAAUAAAUACUACCUAGAGUAUCUGAAGAACCAGCCGGCACGCGUCUGUGAUCACUGCUUUGCAAAGCUGCAAGAGAACAGUGACCGCUGUGUUUCAACAUCAGUUUCUCCGAUCAAAUCCGGAGCUUUCUCCUUCACAAGAAAGCAGAAGAAGAUUCCUGCUGCACUAAAAGAGGUGUCUGCCAACACGGAGAACUCCUCUAUGAGCGGCUACUUGAAUCGGUCAAAGGGUAACAAGAAGCAGUGGAAGAGGCUGUGGUUUGUCAUUAAGAAUAAAGUCCUGUACACCUACGCUGCCAGUGAGGAUGUUGCAGCGUUGGAGAGUCAGCCCUUGUUGGGUUUUUUCCUGCGGGAGGAGAAGAACGGUCCGGCUCAGAAGCUUCAGUUUAAGCUGUAUCACAAAAACACUCUGUUCUACAUCUUCAAGGCUGAUGACAUUCCCACUGCUCAGAGAUGGAUCGAAGCGUUCCAGGAGGCGAUGAUUCUUGAGCAGUGAGUCGUUUGGAUAACAGCGGAGUUGUACCAAGGCUGAUAGAGAAACCUGAAGACCCCUGAUUGACAGAGUUUACCCGCUCAGUAAAGACUCCGGAUGGACUGUUAACUUUGAACAGAAAGCCGCUGCAAAAUGUGGGAAGACGGACUGCUAUGUCCUCCAAAAUCUGGGUUCUUUUUGAAUCGUAUUCUCCAUCGUCAACAGUUGAUCUUCUCCUGAGAUCAAAGUAAAGUAUUUUACAGCUGUGGGUCAAAAAUCAAGUCUAGAAGCACGUCUGUGGAAGUGAGACAGAACAGUCGUCAGGGACUUUUAAAGACCUUGGAAAAGUCUUUGAGCUCCAAAUUAAUGAAGAAGUUAAGAGAAAGAAAACAACAAAAACUUUCCACCUUCAUUCCAUCAUGUUUUAUAGGAGACACUGUUGUGUUAUUUAGUGGCUGUAAAAUGGGAUAAAAACACAAUUAUCAUAGAUGCCAGUUAGAAAGUUUAAAGAUGUAUAGAGGUGGGAUUUCACUGUGAAAAUCCGACUUUUUUUUUUACACAGAAAGCAGUUCUACUCUUUUGUUUUAUCUCGCUGGUUUAGAGAUUUCACUCCUGCAAUUUUAAAUUUAACAAAACAUUCAAAUCAUUGGAAUAAAAACAUCCUGGAGAAAACUGGAAAUGCCAUAAAUAGUGUAGAUAUUUUAAAUAAGAAAAAUGUGUUUUUGCUUGUGAAACCACAUAAGUGGUGAAAUGAGUGAAACUGUGUAUAUGAACAUGAAAGAGCAACAUUGACCUUUUUUAUAGCAAAGCCAAGAGCUAAUAUUUAUAAAAUAGGAAGAUUUAUUGUGUGAAAAGCACAGGUUGCCACUUAUUUUGGUAGUCAGGGUUUGUUAGGACAUAUAUUUUCAUUAAAACUCAAAAUGAGUUUUUUAAAUGAGACAAUAAAAGAGCUCUAUUUCCACUGAAAAGCUCUAAAAGCUCUGAAGACAAUAUUUGACUUCUGGUGCUUGUUUUACAGAUAUUAUGCCUCCAUUCUCUAUUAGAUGUCUUUCAUUUAACAAUUUUAGAUUUUCAGUAAGCAGGGCUCACGUUCUAGCCAAGAUAUUGUGAGUUUUAAUUGUUAAAACAGUUAUUUUAAAAUCUUUCUCAUUGGUAAGGUUGGUGUACAGAAUGUUGCACUACCCCAGUAGGUGUUAACUUUCAGUUAAAGAAACCUAAAUCCCACUUUUCUAGUGAAGGAAUUAAUCAGUUAAUCCGGUCUUUGUUAGAUUUGGGCCGAUCCUGAGCUACCAUGCAUGAAUUUUCCAAUGAUUGUACAUUAACAUUUUGUAAACAUAAACUCUUUCAGAGUAAGAGUCUCUUAUAAACAAUGAAUCUAAACUGU